GAAGGACGAGAUAAUAAUAACAAACCACAGAAAGACGGAAGAGAGCGCUAUUAUCACUUGUAUAUUUAUAAGUAAAUGAUACGCGUUUUAUUCGAUCAAACAUGAAUCAGGAGAAAUAUCCACGAUCAUCUAUCGAGGAUGAUUUUAAUUAUGGCACGAAUGUCGCGACGGCGAGCGUCCACAUCCGUAUGGAUUUCCUCCGCAAGGUCUACACAAUCCUGUCAUUGCAGAUUAUCGUCACCACUGCUGUAUCUGCCCUUUUCAUGCUCUGUAACCCUGUUAAAAACUUUGUGCAUGAGAGUCCUUUUCUGGUGUUGAUAUCUGCUAUCGGGUCCCUUAUCCUGCUCCUUGCCUUGGCUGUGUACCGUCACCAGCACCCCAUUAAUCUUUAUUUGCUCUUUGGGUUUACUUUGCUGGAGUCUCUGUCUGUAGCCACUGCGGUGACAUUUUAUGAGUACACCAUAGUGCUCCAGGCCUUUGUGCUCACGUCUGCCGUGUUCCUGGGUCUCACUGCCUACACUUUUCAGUCUAAAAGAGACUUCAGCAAGCUCGGAGCCAGUCUGUUUGCUGGCCUGUGGAUCUUGAUCAUUGCGAGCUUUAUGAGGCUUUUCUUCUACAAUGACACGAUGGAGUUGGUCUUCGCUGGGGCUGGAGCUCUGCUGUUCUGCGGGUUCAUUAUUUUCGAUACUCACCUGCUGAUGCAUAAGCUUUCACCGGAGGAGCACGUCCUGGCAUCCAUCAACCUGUACCUGGACAUAGUCAACCUGUUCAUCUACAUCCUGCGCAUCCUCGACUCCAUGAAGAAACACUGAAUGUUGUGAUGCUCUUCUUCACUUUUAGAGGUGAAAGUAACAUUCUUUAAUUUAAUAGACUCCAGGUACAAUAAUCAAAUAAAAAUGUUAAUUAGUAUCCAAAUGAAGCAUUGUAGAUGCCUGCAAAAAAAACUUUGUGGACCACAUAUAUACUAUUUAUUUGAAUAAAAGCCUUCAAAAUGCACUGAAUGUAAGACAUUAUUUCUUUGCAUUGCAGUUAUUUGCAGUGUUCAGAAUUAAUGGAGUAUGUGUGCUAUUCUUCUAUCUGGAUGGGAAUUAACAUCAAACUCCUUGGACUUUAAUUUCUUCCUUUAGUUGAGAUGAAGCUCCUCAAGACACUCUUAUUGUACUGUAGUUUCCCCUUGUUUCCAAACCAGAUGCAUACUUCCAACUUGCAAGCAGUAUUUGUAAUUUAAUGGCUAAAUGUGAAUGUUACAAACAUGAUUGUACAACUUAACUUGAUCUGCUAACUGUGUUGUUAAUUAAGAUUCCUGUUUUUAGCUGACUGUUGUAUGUAAUCCAUGGUGAUUUUUCAUAUUUAUUUAGAUGUUGUAGUGAAUCAGUGUUUAUGGUUUGGGUACAAACUGUACAUGUAGCCAGAGACAUUUUGUUAAAUUUGGGUUUGUUUAUGGGAUGUUUAUUAUUAACUUAAAUCUUACUAAAAGGCCUGAAUUACAUGGAAAACCACAAUGCAAAAUUGUUUUUAAUUGUGGCUAAACCAUUUUAUUUGCAGCAGUUUAACAUGUCACAACAUUAAAUUUACAUCAUUUUAAAGUAGCAUGCAAUCCGUUUCAAAAGUAUUCAAAAUAUUUUCCAAUAUGUCAGUCUGCUUUUUUUAUAAACACAAAAUAACAUAGAACAUAAUAUUCAGGGACCUCCGUGUCCAAAGUGCAAUAUUCAUCAUAAU